AUGAUUGGUGUUGACUUUGCUGAAAUCGACAAAACCAAAAGAUAUCAACUUCUUUGCAGUGCCAUCGUUCCUCGACCGAUUGCUUUUAUCAGCACUAUUGAUAGUAAAACAGCAAUAAAAAACCUGGCUCCAUUAUCAUUUUAUAAUUGUGUUACUAGUGAACCACCUACCGUUAUGUUUUCUUUAACCCGAAAACGUGAUGGAGGUAAGAAGGAUACAUUGAUUAAUAUCGAAAAUGAAAAGGAGUUCGUAAUUAAUCAUGUAACAAAGGAAAUAUUCCCGCAAGUGUUUGAUGCAUCUGCUGAAAUCCCAGCAGAUCAAGAUGAGUUCGAUGUAGUUGGUCUAACUGCAGUAGCCGGUGUCAAGGUAAAAUCACCAAGAGUAAAAGAAUCCCCUAUUCAAAUGGAAUGUGAACUUUACAAUUCUAUGGAAAUCGGAGAUGGAAACUAUGGUAGCGCAACAAUAAUAGUUGGCAAAGUACUUUAUAUGCAUAUCGAUGAAUCAUUAUAUCAAAAUGGAAUGUUAAAUACAUCGUCUAUUACAACUAUUUCAAGAUUAGGCAAUAUGAGUUAUGGUUACGCUGAACAUAAAUUUGAUAUUGAAAGUGACAUCUGGAAUGUAUCUAAAUGGUAA